CCAACAUGAAUACCGUACUGCUGGAGUCUAGGCCGUACCGGCCGUUCAAGUCGAGCGAGGAGUAUCUGUACGCGAUGCGGGAGGAUCUGGCCGAGUGGCUCAACACCAUGUACCCGGAGCUGCGCAUCAAUGUGGAAAACUUCAUGGACCGGCUGGACACGGGCGUCGCGCUCUGCAAGCAUGCCAACAACGUGCGAGUGGCCGCCGAGCAGUACAUCGCCCGGCGACAGGCACGCAACAAAUCCAUGACGAAGUCCAUCACAUCCGGGCUGGCCGGGCCGAUCCUGAACAUGGGCAACGUGCACUUCCUGGCGGCGGCCAAGAGCGGCACCUUCUUCUCCCGGGACAACGUCUCCAACUUCAUCACGUGGUGCAGGAAAAGUCUACAAAUCCUCGAGUGUCUGCUGUUCGAGACGGACGAUUUGAUAAUGCGCAAGAACGAAAAGCACGUCAUCCUGUGCCUGUUGGAGGUGGCCCGCCGCGGUGCCAAGUUCGGAAUGCUGGCCCCAAUGUUGGUGCAAAUGGAGCGACAGAUUGACCGCGAGAUAGCGGCCGAUAAUCGGGCAAACGGUGGCGUCGGAUGUGGCACGCAAACCGAAGGAGGAGCUGGGGACGGCCGUGGAACUUCCGGCGCGGGCGUUUCGACCGGAACCGAGACGGAACUGUACGAUAGUGACAGCGAGGAAGAGGACCACGAGGCGGAGUCACCGAUGCUGAUGUACGGACCGCAGCCACAGAUCGUCACCAACGAUCUGAAGAGCCUGGACGAGAUGGUCCGCGAUCUGGUGGAAAAGUGCACCUGCCCGUCGCAGUUCCCGAUGGUGCGCGUCUCGGAGGGCAAAUACCGAAUCGGCGAUACCAAAGUACUCAUAUUCGUCCGGAUCCUUCGUUCUCACGUGAUGGUCCGUGUUGGUGGUGGUUGGGACACAUUGGCCCACUAUCUGGACAAGCACGAUCCGUGCCGGUGUCGCUCGGCGCAUCGCUCGUCCGCCUCGGCUCGCCUUAUCACCAAAACCACCAACGCUAACGGUAUCGAGCUGCACAAGGCGCAGGUUCACUACGAUCGAUCUGGAUCAUCCCCAUGGAAAGCUAGUGGCGGCGGUACUCCGAAUGCGGGAACUGCGGGAAGCCAGAAUGGAUCACCGAUCAACAACAGCAACACGAACACGCUGUCACCGCCAUCCCGUGCCAGAAGCCGAAGCCGCAGUCCGAGUGCCCAACGGAACCGGGUCGCAGUGGAAAGCCAGGACAAACUGCAACCACCUGGAUCGCCGCUGAAAACGUCCCGUCGUUCCGUAUCGCCAAGCCCGCGCCGUAUGCUGGUGGAUGCGGCGGCGAACAGCAAGCGCAAGACAUCGACCAGUGCUGCAACCCAGAAUGCUGCUCCGACCGGUGUCGGAGUGCACUUCGAAUGUGAUAAGGAUGCGUCGGCCGGUGCCAAGGUCGAGCUACCAUUGGCCGAGGACGACAAGAACCGCUACGAGAGCGUCAGCGAUAAUGGGAGCGAAAUCAGCGACGAAGGCUACCGCAGUCUGGGUGUGGUGCACGGCGGUCAGUCGGGCGGAACGGUCGGGGCGCCGGGAGCCGGACGUAAGGCUCUCGGCAAUAGCCAGCACUCGAGCGAAGAUGCAGAUACCAAUGCGCAUCUCGAUACGACCGCUUCCGAUUCGCAAACCACGCCGACCGAGGACGAGAGCUCGAACAAGACGAACGAUGAGGACGACCGGGAACUGACGCCGAUUUCGGACGAGUUGGUGGCAGUCGACGGUGGCGCCGCAGAUAGGGCGCGUCACGAUUCCCUAACGCUCGACUGUACCGACGGCCUGGCAAGGAACGGUGGUGGCCCGGCGGAAACGGGAGCCUUCGAAAGCUACGGGGUGUACGUGAACGACGACGAGAUCACGGUGGACAUUGCGAAUGCGACCGGUUUGCGGAAGACGGGCUUCUCCGACAAGAUAAUGGACCGUCCCAUCACGGCCAGUGGUGGUCUGCUGGGUGCUGGUGGUGCUGGCACCGGCCCCGGUUCGCGCAUCCCGCGAUCACCGGUCGCCCCGAGGCGCAAGGAGAGCGCCGAAAGCACCACCAGCACUCCGACGGUAACCGACGAGUUGACGGUCUGCGGUGGUGGUGGUGGUGUUGUUGUUGGUCCUGGCUCCUUGUCGCAACAACAACGCAAGCAAUCGACCGUCAAAUCGGGCGUCCGCAAACCGAACGCACCCGCCGGUCACACCACGGAACAGGCGACCGGAACGAACACGUGGAGCGGUCGCCCGACCAAGAAGCGUUCGUCGCUUACGACACAGACGUUCACCGGGAAGGUGGCCGCUCCGCCAGCGUCGGCCCCAUUCACACGCAACUCGCCCGUGCGCGCCUCGCUCGGAGCCGAGCGUUCGCCAAGCGUGAUGACCGGAGGUAGACGGUCGCUCCGGGCGAACGGGACGAGCAACAGUGCGUCAGCCAACACGUCGCCCAGCAAGGGUUGUACCGGGUCCGAUCCGGUCGCAAUGCUCGUGAUGCAGAUCAAAGAAACGCUCGAUUCCGGUUCCGACAACUCGCAGAUCGUGGAACGCGUCCGGCGGCUGGUGUCCCAGUCGAGCGGGGAAACGAACAGCGAGUUUGCGGCCGAUUUUACCACCGCCUGGGUGCACAGCAACGGGAACCUUGACCGGGCCAAGGUGAUCGGCGGUACGGAGGGCUCACCGCUCAAGUCGCAGGGAUCACUCUCGAAGCGGGCCAGCACCCUGUCCAGUGCUUCCGACAGCACGCAAGCGACAAACUGCCGUGGCGAUCUGUCCUCGGUGGUGUCUCCACGUCGCCUUGACAAGGGCCUCUCGAAAAUUCCGGCCCCGAUGCGCUCCAACACCGGCCUCUACUGACGCCGCUGAUCGUAGUGCGAUCCGUAGUGUCAAAUCUUCGAUCGUCCCGGGGAAGUGACGGUGGGGGAGUCUACCGGUUACGCUGUGGUUCCUUAAGUGGAACGCUUCCACACAGGCGACAUUUUUUGUUGGAGUCAGCUUGCCACUCCCGUUUCACUGUUUUUUUUUGUUUCGUUUCCAGUUCGAUUACUUUAGGCGCGGCGACCCCGUGGCGCGAAUCGUUAAAAUUGUGACUAACAUGUGAUGAUAAGCAUAAAUGUCCCCUCAGUUAGUUGCGCAAUAUGGGUUCGUGUGUUCGAUUGUUCCAAUCAUAUCAAUUUUAGGCGAAGCGAAGUGUCCUGCGGCCCCCCGUCGGAAGACAUGGACCGAAUCAUUCCCAGAGCAAACACCCUAAAUGUUUCUGGCUAUUGUUGUUAAUGUGGUAACUCUGUUUUGUGAACGAUUAGCAACGUGACACUAGACUACAGUUUUUGAAACAGACGAAUGCGUGGUGAGCUUCCAUUUCCAGCCCCCAAGCGGUUUUGCUGCCUCCAGUAGUGUGCAUUUUAGGCAUGUGUUUUAGUAAGGGUAGAAUGUUAGAAAACUAUCAAACUUUCCUAUCAACGACGCGAGCGACGGACUGCGAGCUUGGGUGGUUGGUGAUCGAAGGACUGACUUUUGCUUUUUAGCGGGCUAGCCUAAACAAAUGAAGAUAGAACGUUUUUGAAAGGUUUUUAGAUGUGGCAAGAAUCGCGCACUUUAGCUAGACGCUAGACGAUAGCAGAAAUGGCGAACCCAAGGCCCAUAGGAGGGCAUUUUUUUUUUCUUUAAUCAACCCCAUCGCAUUUUUUAAAGAACGCACUUCCUCCUCCUCCUCGAAUAAUCUCAAAGCUUAGCGGCAGACAUAUGCAGCCCCGGUGAAACGAACGGAUCGGGUUCGGAUCCGAUGCACUCGCCAUAAAACUUGCUCUCAGCCCCUUUAGGGUGUCAGGAAAACACAGGUUAGAAAUCAGAAAGUACGAAUUUGAACGCGUCCAUUGAAGCACAUAGUAAAGUAUAGUAACUAUUCAGGAACAAAACUGUCACAAAAUAGCCAGCAUUAUUAAAAUUUAGCUAACAUUACCACAGUGUAGUGCAGAGGCGCCGUGACGUUUGAAAGUGUUGUAAGAGAAACAAUAGAGCAGGAGUUGCUAGCGUAGCAAUUGCAAAAGCAAAAACAGGCAUAACGAGAGUAUCGUGCGGGAAAAGUAAAGCCAAUUAGGAAUGGGAGUAUCGAACGAAAGCAAUUAUCAUCACCAAGUGUUGAAUCGAGAAAUGAUGAGCAAAGGGACAGGAACUCUGCAUAAUCAAACUGUGCUGUGCAAUAUCUACGCACCCGUUAAGUUUACGGUAAACUCAACGUUGCGCCGUCAAAAUGACAAUUUACAACUGAACACCCCUAUAAGUAUAUAUUAAACGAAAAGUUACUAACCAAUCGCAGUUAUUGAAACAAAAUCAAAAUGAACAAAAAAAAAGCUCACGAUAAAUCUAGUUUGUAACGUGCAUUGUUUAAAGUUUUCUUUUUGCUGUUUUUUUGUGUAAGUCCUACAUCGCGUAUUGAACGAUACGUACGACGGAAGAGUAAAAUAAAGAAUUCAAUAUCCAACGCGUGUAUUGAUCAUAAACGUGAAUAAAGGUAAUUGUCGCCUAAA